AUUUCACAGUGAAAUCAAAAACGAUGACUAGCUCCGUUCAAUCUCCGUCGCACGAUGUCUUCGUCUACGGCAGUUUCCAAGAACCAGCCGUCGUUAAUCUGAUCCUCGAAUGUUCUCCGGUCAUGGUUUCCGCUCAACUCCACGGCUAUCACGUAUAUAGACUCAAAGGUCGUUUACAUGCUUGUAUCUCUCCUUCUGAGAAUGGACUUAUCAACGGCAAGAUACUAACUGGAUUAACAGAUUCUCAGCUAGAGAAUUUAGAUAUGAUUGAAGGAAGUGAAUAUGUGAGGAAGACUGUUGAAGUUGUUUUGACUGAUACUUCUGAGAAGAAGCAAGUUGAAACCUAUAUAUGGGCAAACAAGGAUGAUCCUAAUUUGUAUGGAGAAUGGGAUUUUGAGGAAUGGAAGAGGCUUCAUAUGGAGAAAUUCAUAGAGGCGUCGACGAAGUUCAUGGAGUGGAAGAAGAAUCCGGAUGGGAGAAGUAGGGAAGAGUUUGAGAAGUUUGUAUUCGAUGAUCCUCCCGCUGAGGGAUGAAGAAGUUGUUUGCGUUUGUCUUCUUGUUUUAAAUCAAGAUUUGUAAAAGAUCACUCUCUUUUACUGCGAAUAAAAGGGUCUUAUAUCU